CUCAGUUCCCCUCCCAGACGGUCUGCUCUGCACCACCCACCUCCCACAGGUCCACCAUGAAGCCUCUCCUCCUCGUGGCGCUGCUCGGAUGCCUCGCCUCGGUGCUCGCGAGCCCAGCUCCGUCUGUGAAAUGGUGCGUAAAAUCCAACGAAGAAUACCGGAAAUGCACGGAUCUGGCUGCUGCAGCUCCAACCUUUGCCUGUGUGAAGAAAGACAGCACCCUUGACUGCAUCAUUGCAAUCAAGGCAGGUGAAGCAGAUGCGAUCACAGUGGAUGGAGGGGACGUUUACACUGCUGGGCUCAACAACUAUGACCUGGGUCCCAUUAUUGUUGAGGAUUAUGGUGACCAAACUCCCGACACCUGCUACUACGCCGUGGCUGUGGUGAAGAAGGGAACUCAGUUUGGCAUCAGAGAGCUCGGCGGGAAGAAAUCUUGUCACACCGGUUUGGGGAAAUCUGCCGGCUGGAACAUUCCCAUUGGAACACUUGUGUCCAUGGGUAUUAUUCAGUGGGCUGGCAUUGAAGACAAACCUGUGGAGGAGGCGGUGGGCAGCUUCUUCCAUAGCAGCUGUGUCCCAGGKGCAGCAAAAGGCUCCAAACUAUGUGAGCUCUGCUCUCGAGACUGCUCCAGGUCCCACAGUAAUCCGUACUACGACUACKCCGGAGCCUUUCAGUGUCUGGCUGAUGGAGUUGGGGAUGUGGCUUUUGUGAAGCAUCUCACUGUACCCGAUUCUGAAAAGUCCAAAUAUGAGCUGCUUUGCAAGGACAACACCCGAGCCCCCAUCGAYGACUACAAACGCUGCUACCUGGGCAGAGUACCAGCUCACGCCGUUAUCUCUCGCAAGGACCCACAGCUUGCUGACCUAAUCUGGAACAGCCUCAGUGGAGUGAAGAACUUCAACCUCUUCUCCUCUGAGGCCUACGCCCCGUCCAAGAAUCUGAUGUUCAAGGAUUCGACCAAGAAACUGGUUCAGCUGCCCCCGAACACUGACUCCUUCCUGUAUCUGGGUGCUGAGUACAUGAGCAUCAUCAGAUCCCUGAAGAAAGAGCAGACCCCAGGCACCGCAUCUCCUGCAAUUAAAUGGUGCGCUGUGGGCCAUGCCGAAACCUCCAAGUGCGACACGUGGAGCAUCAACAGCAUGACCGAUGGCAGCACUUCCAUCGAGUGCCAAAACGCCCCCUCAGUUGACGAGUGCCUAAAGAAGAUUAUGCGCAAAGAGGCAGAUGCAAUAGCAGUGGAUGGAGGUCAGGUGUACACUGCUGGAAAGUGUGGUCUGGUUCCUGCCAUGGUGGAGCAGUAUGAUUCAGCUCUCUGCAGCUCUUCUGAAGACAAAUCCUCCACGUAUUUUGCUGUUGCUGUUGUAAAGAAGAAUUCAGGAGUGACCUGGCAGACCCUAAAAGGAAAGAGGUCUUGCCACACGGGCGUCGGUAGAACCGCAGGCUGGAACGUCCCCAUGGGUCGCAUCUACAAAGAGACUUCAGACUGUCAGUUCACUAACUUUUUCAGCAGUGGAUGUGCCCCCGGAUCCGAGCCCAACUCUCCGUUCUGCCAGCAGUGUAAAGGCAGUGGCAAAGCUGUGGGAGACGAGGCCAAGUGCAAAGCCAGCGCCGAUGAGCAGUACUACGGUUACGCUGGAGCCCUCAAAUGUCUAGCAGAGGAUGCUGGAGAUGUUGCUUUUGUUAAACACACAACAGUGCUUGAGAGCAGCAAUGUGGACAACUACCAGCUAAUCUGCCCCGGGCGACCAGAUCCAGUGCCACCCAGUGACUAUGAACAGUGUAACUUGGCAAAGGUGCCCGCACACGCUGUUGUGACUCGUCCAGAGAUCCGCAACGAGGUGGUCCGAAUCCUCCUGGACCAGCAGACCAAGUUUGGAAACAAUGAAAAUGAUCCCGUCUUCAGACUAUUCCAGUCCGAAAACGGAAACAACCUUCUCUUCAAGGACUCCACCAAAUGUCUCCAGGAGAUUACUUCUGGAACAACUUAUUCACAGUUUUUGGGACAAGGAUUCAUGGAUACCAUGUCCUCACUCAGACAAUGCAGUGGAACAACACCAGAUCUGGAGAAAUCUUGCACUUUCCAUUCCUGCCAGGAACAAUAAAAGUGGAGCAGACUGUGUGGUUCUUCAGUCAUUUUUACCCACGUUUCCCACCUCUUGAUACCUUAAUCACAUUUGAGUUUUGGUCAAGUUGAUUUUGUUGUAUGUSUGCUUUUUUCAUACACUUCACAGAGAGAUUCCACAACCUUCAAAUAAAAAUCAGAUAUUUUAAAUCAGCUGGCAAAAGAAUGUUAUACUUCCUUUGUUAUGAGAUCAAAUUUGUUUUGUUAAAACCUGCCUAACUUUUCUCAAAUAAAGUCUUUUUAAUGCUCUUUUA